UUUUUUUCCCCAGGCCGGAGUUGCUGAGGCCGGGAGCCCUUCGGGCUUUAAGACCCAGAGGAGGCCUCGCUGGCCGGCUGCGCUCGCUCCGGUGUUGACGGCGGAACCACCACCACCAGCAGCGGCGGCGGCAGCAAAUCCUCCUCGGGGCUUGGCGGGCGAGGCGCCGCUCUCUCUUCCCCGUCCUCCCCCCCUUCAGCUCGGCAUGGCCUUCAUGGAGAAGCCGGCGGCGGGCAAAGUGCUGCUGGACGACACGGCGCCGCUGACAGCCGUGAUCGAGGCCAGCCAGAGCCUCCAUUCGCACACGGAAUACAUCAUUCGUGUGCAAAGAGGGAUUUCCAUGGAAAACAGUUGGCAGAUUAUAAGAAGAUACAGUGACUUCGAUUUGCUGAAUAAUAGUUUGCAGAUAUCUGCUCUCAGUCUACCUCUUCCUCCCAAAAAGUUGAUUGGAAAUAUGGAUCGCGAAUUCAUAGCUGAAAGACAGAAAGGACUCCAGAACUAUCUCAAUGCAAUUACUUCCAAUCACAUUCUGUCCAACUGUGAAUUGGUCAAGAAAUUUUUGGAUCCAAACAAUUACUCUGUAAACUACACUGAGAUUGCCUUACAGCACGUUUCGAUGUUCUUUCGGUCAGAGCCAAAGUGGGAAGUGGUGGAACCUCUAAAGGAUAUCGGGUGGAGGAUACGGAAGAAAUAUUUCUUAAUGAAGAUUAAAAAUCAACCAAAGGAGCGGCUAGCGUUGAGCUGGGCUGACCUGGGCCCUGACAAGUACCUGUCUGACAAAGAUCUUCAGUGCGCUAUGAAACUUCUUUCUUCUUGUUCUCAUCCCUAUAUUUACAAAGUCACUUUUGCAAUGGCCAAUGAAUCUUCUGCACUGGUAAUAAGACCCUUCAGCGAAAAAGGAACACUCAAAGACCUGAUAUAUAAGGCGAAGCCAAAAGAUCAAUUUCUGAAGAAGUACUGCAACCCGAAGAAAAUUCAGGGUCUUGAACUUCAGCAAAUUAAAACGUUUGGCAGACAAAUUCUAGAGGUCUUAAAGUUCUUGCACGAAAAAGGAUUUCCGUACGGCCACCUCCAUGCUUCCAAUGUCAUGAUGGACGGGGACACAUGCAGGUUACUGGAUCUGGAGAAUUCGCUGCUGGGGCUCCCCUCCUUCUACCGGUCCUACUUCACACAGUUCCGCAAAAUUAAUACUUUAGAAAGUGUUGAUGUGCAUUGCUUUGGUCACUUACUGUACGAAAUGACCUACGGGAGACCCCCGGACUCUGUUCCAGUGGACAGCUUCCCCCCUGCACCAUCCACAUCUGUAGUAACUGUACUGGAAUCCAUUAUUUCUCCCGAAGCCAUGAAGAACGGCAUGCCUACAGUCUCCCGGCUCUUACAAAUGCCGUUAUUCAGUGAUGUCCUUUUAACAAAUUCAGAAAAAACACAGUUUAAGAUCCCCACUAAGUUAAAAGAAGCAUUGAAGAUUGCCAAAGAAUGCAUAGAGAAAAGACUAGUAGAAGAACAGAAACAGAUUCAUCAGCACAGAAGACUGACGAGAGCCCAAUCUCAUUAUGGUUCAGAGGAAGAGAAAAAAAAGAGGAAGAUCUUAGCACGAAAAAAGUCUAAACGCUCGUCCUUUGAGAGUGGAGAGGAACAAACGAUGAAAUACAGCAACUCUAACAAUUCAGCAGGCUCUGGGGCGAGUUCACCUCUGACGUCACCUUCUUCCCCUGUUCCACCUUGUACAGCAGCAGCAGGCGCCUCGACAAUUCCUUCGCCGCCGCCGCCGCCAGCAGCUCCCCCUCCUCCUCCUAAUUUGGAUGUGGCAACGCAGCCUGACCUGCGGCCUGUCAACAGCACAAGCCGGGGCGCCUUACUCAGCUCAAUUCAGAAUUUCCAGAAAGGAGGUCUGAAGAAAACAGAAACCUGUGACUACAGUGCUCCUAGAAUCAGCUGAAACUGUUCAUACUGACCCAGCUUGGGGUAUUCCUUGUGUUCUAGGAACAAAUCUUAAAUAACUAUUUGAUAUAGCCACUGCCUGGUGGCGUCUUGUUUUACAGCUGCUUGUUUAGAGCCAUUUCAAGCUCCCCCCCCUCCCCCCCUCCCUUAGCACAAUCUCUUAACUGAGUAGCAGUACCGUGUCAAAUUGCUUUGCCGUUUUUGGAGGGUGAAGUGUCGAUUCUGGUUUAAAGGAACCCUCCUUCUUUUAGGGGGGGGUGGGAUCUUGUUUUUGGCAAUGUUGUAUUCCUUCUAAUAGAAUAAAAAUAGCUCGACAACAGCAGUUCAUUUUCUGAGACCUGCUUCUGAAGGUUUAAAACCCGGUACAUCAAGAUUUGAUGCAUUGAAUUAGCUUUAAUUAUGCUAAACAUUCACUCAGUCUGAAAGUUAACACUGGUGAGAGAUUUAAGGCUUGGUCUCCCUUUCUUCUCUGCUCUGUAAAGUCCUGAGCAUUACUCUUAAUACUAUUGAAAGGCCUGUUAACCUAAGAUGGCUCUGCUUUAAAAGAGGAGUAAUUCAAGCAAGUAAGUUUUGUAAUGAGCUUGUGUUACGCUUAAAUUGGGAGUUGCAGGGCGUUUCCAUCAAACCAAAAUCUACAGCAAUGUGAGAUGUGUUGUUGAAGUGGGUGUUAACAAAAGAGCUCCAUAAUUUAAUGUUAGUGAAAAGAUGCCCUUCUUGAUUUGCUCAAACUCUUAAAUUGCACUUUAAAGGAUUAUCGCUAGAUUUUUAAAGUCGAGUAUACACCAGUGUUUGUUACUAUGCAGAGUGUCAUUGUGUAUAAGAUUUCAUGUAACCUAUUAUAUUAUUCAGUCAUAUUUUUAUUAAAAUAAAUGUUAAUGGAAUUUCAAUAA